AUGACGCAUUCUGUUUCGCAAGCUAUCGUCCAGGAAUGGAACAAAUCCCUCGGAGAAGACGUUCCAAAGCGAUCGAAUCUUCAUGCCCGAGCGAAAGCGCUGUUUCUCCUCUGGGAAGAUGCAUCACCCGACCGAAGAUCUGAUUCUGAAGAUCUGAAGUUAUUGCUCGAACAGCGAUACAGAUUCGAAACAGAGUCUUUCGAAAUUCCUCUGGAAGAUCCUCAAACUGUUCUUCACGACCGUGUGCUUGCAUUCAUCGAUUCUAUCGACAGCAGCUCAGGUCUCGCUCUCGUUUACUACUCUGGACACGGGAACAUCAAGAAUGGCUCUCAGUUUUGGCUGCCAUUGGAGGUCCUUGCUACGCCGAGCGGUAUGAGCGCAGAGGACUCGUCCUUCCGACGAGCCCUUACUGGAACCCUUUCCGAGGCGCAUGGAGAGUAUGUCUAUAUCGACCAACUUCGCAAAUCCAUAUACCGAAGGCUCGGCAAUCCUUUCGACCCUGUAUACGUCAAUCUAUCCCGCGGCAACGACCGUUCAAGCAUUGCCAUCUUACCUUUGGAGAGAGUUGACAUCGACUUGCUCAUCAAAACGUCUAUGGAUGCUAGCAACCAGCAAGGUCUCAAACAAUGGGCUGAUAGAGCCCCAAGGCAGAUCAAAGCAUUCAAGUUUCUUCUCCCAGAGGGAAGGAGUGGUGAUAGUAAUCUGAAUCAUAUGACAGUCCAAGUAGAUGUGGCAAACUUGAACGACUUGGAAAACAUCUCAAGCUGGACAAAGAAGCUCCCGUCGUUCGUUAAGGACAUCACAAUUCCAGGCUUGUUGCAGUCCACAAAAGCAAAGACCAGCAACGAACGUCUCAACGAAUUCUGCCAAGUGUUCAACAAGAACAAGAGGCUUCAUACGGACUUGGGCACGCGGGACGGAAGAUACAGAAGAAUCGUUGUCCUACCUUUGAAGUGGCUCAAAGAUGGGUUCAUCAAUACGUCCAUGAUCUCUCAGGAGCUGCGCAAGUUUAGCGAUGCUUUCAGGACAAAUUUCGAUAACUGCGAAGUAAAGCCGAUCUUCGAGAUACCCGCAGGUGAAGCACCACUAUCCAAGGUCGUAAAGAGAAUAAUACAGAUACUGGACGAUCUGAGUAGCAGCGACCUGUUGAUCGUCGCGUACAACGGUCAUGGGUCGAAGACCAACCACCAAUCCGGCCAAUGUGUACUCUCAUCUGCUCCUAGAGGCGGAAAUGGCUCGGAGAUUAAUUGGAACGCCGUGCAGCCUCAUCUCUACGAGGCCACAUGCGACGUGGUUCAGGUACUCGAUUGUUGUUAUGCCGGUAGCGCAAUCAAGGCCGCGCCUCAAGGAAGGAACGAGAUCUUGGCAGCCUGUGAUCGUGAGGUGUCAACGCCCUGUGGUUCGGAUUCCUACAUGGAACGUUUCACAGCCAUUCUUCUAGAACUGAUACAGGAGGCGAAACCGUUCUCGUUGUCAACGGUGCAAGAGAGAAUCAAGAUCGCGACUGAUCACCGUAACGUUGACAUUGAGCAGCAGAAAGCGCAAGGACAACACGCCACUAGCGUGUUGGAACUGAUACCACUUCCGGUUUACCAGUUGAUUCCCGACUCUUCCAGCAGCAUCACCUUGCGACCAAAGACUCUAGCUAUUGAUUAUGAGUACGACGGUAUGACUGGUCACAGAAGUUCGCAAGAUGGCAAUGAAUUUGUUGGUUGGGCAUAUGCCAAAAUUGCCGUAUGUAGCGGAGACGAUGGGAAAGACUGGAAGAACAUGAGGGUCGCAAAGCUUUUCAACGGCGAGGAAAUGUUGGGCGAGCUGCAGCGGGAUACUUGA